UGAGUCAAAAAACAAGAAGAAAGUUAAAAUGCAAUCAAUGAAAGCAGAUGAACUGCCUGUAAAUCCACGCGAACGGAGCAAUCCAUUUUCGGAACUAUUUUUUUGCUUUGUGUUUCCCGUAAUGUUGAAGGGCCGGAAGAAAACUUUGGAGCAGCCAGAUCUGUACCAGCCACUAAAGGAGCACAAAUCUGACACACUCGGCGAUCGCUUAAGCGCUGCUUGGGAUAAGGAAGUAAGUCAGAGAACCGCUCAGAAUAAGCAACCACGCUUGGGCCGCGUUAUGAUCCGAGUGUUUGGUUGGCAUGUGUUUAUAACUGGACUACUGCUGGGACUGAGAGACUUCGCAACGAAAAUGACGCAGCCAAUGUGCCUAUAUGGUAUUAUGCAAUACUUUUCUGGCCAGGAUACAGAUCCCGUAAAAGCACAGCUAUAUGCAGCAGGCCUCAUAUGUGCCUCAGUGCUAUCCGUUGUUAGUGGACAUCCAUAUUUAUUAGGUGUUCUUCAUCUAAGCAUGAAAAUGCGUGUGGCGCUAUGUAGUCUGAUGUACAGAAAAGCAUUGCGCCUGAGCCAUACAGCACUGGGGGAUACAUCGAUAGGUCAGGUGGUUAACCUAUUGUCAAACGAUGUCGGUCGCUUUGAUUUAUUUCUCUUUACCGGACACUUUAUAUGGCUAGCUCCAAUCGAACUCUUUGCAGUUACAUGUUUGAUGUAUCAAAAGAUCGGCGUCGCGUCCUUCUUUGGUGUUGCCAUUAUGUUACUUUUCCUACCCUUUCAAGCCUAUUUGGCAAAAAAAACAUCAGUGCUGCGUCUGAUGACAGCAUUGCGUACAGACGAACGCGUACGAAUGAUGAACGAAUUUAUCUCCGGCAUUCAAGUAAUCAAGAUGUACGCCUGGGAGAAGCCACUGGGCAAACUAGUCGAACUAAUGCGUGGCAAGGAGAUGAACUGCAUCAAGAAAGUCAAUUAUAUUAGAGGAGUCCUUAUUGCCUUUGGCAUGUGCCUAUCCCGCACCCUUACUUUUGUCAGCCUAGUGGGCUUCGUGCUGCUAGAAAGUGUGUUGAAUGCUAGCGACGCAUUCUUUAUCACAGCUUACUACAACUUUUUGCAACGAGCAGUAACUAAUUUUUUUCCACUAAGCAUCACACAACUAGCGGAAGCCAAGGUAUCCCUUAAACGCCUGGAGACGUUUAUGAAUAGAAUGGAGACUCAAGUUCAAGACAAAUCGAAUUCACUAACAGAAUAUAAUUUUGCUAAAGAAGAAUCCGAUAAGGAAAAUGGUGCAAUGAUAAACAAUGACAAUGAAAAUACAGGAACAAAAGAUAUCGAUGAUGAGACGCUUGUUGAGUUCAACCAAUUCUAUGCCAAGUGGGAUACCAAAGCAACAGAAAAUACUUUGACCAAUAUCAAUCUAAAAUUGGGUCGCCGGCAACUAGUUGCAGUUAUUGGACCCGUUGGCGCAAGCAAGUCGAGUCUGAUCCAAUCGAUUCUAGGCGAGCUUCCUGCGGAAAAAGGCAGUGUUAAAAUUAAUGGCAGAUUCUCCUAUGCCGCGCAGGAACCCUGGCUCUUCACUGGCACUGUACGUGAAAACAUUCUCUUCGGAUUAGCCCUGGACAAGCAUCGUUAUCGGACUGUGGUCAAGAAGUGCGCCCUAGAGCGAGAUUUUGAACUACUUCCUCAAGGCGAUAAGACGAUCGUUGGCGAGCGGGGAGCUUCGCUCUCGGGUGGACAAAAAGCACGCAUCAGUCUGGCCAGGGCUGUGUAUCGUAGGGCGGACAUUUACCUCCUUGAUGAUCCACUCAGUGCUGUGGAUACACAUGUGGGCCGUCACCUGUUUGACCAGUGCAUGAGAGGGUACCUGAGAAGCGAGUUGGUUAUAUUGGUCACACAUCAGCUGCAGUUUCUGGAACAAGCAGAUCUCAUUGUUAUCAUGGAUAAAGGCAAGAUCAGUGCAAUGGGUACAUAUGCGACGAUGCAACAUAGUGGCCUGGACUUUGCCCAACUGUUAACCGAUACAAAUAAGGCCGAUGAACAGGCGGUGGAUGAACAGAGGGGCGAUGCUGGAGAUCACGUUAGCUUACAGUCAAAAACCAGCCGCCAAGCCUCGCGCACUGACAGUUUCGCAUCUUUGAGUUCUCUGGCAGACUCCGUUAUACAGGACACAGCCCUGGUUCCGCAAGAGACUCGCGUUGAAGGCAAAGUCAGUUUAGGUCUCUAUAAGGAAUAUUUUUCAUCAGGAAGCGGUUGGUUCUUGAUAUUAUUUAUGAUUCUUCUAUGUAUUGGCACACA